AUGGCUACCUUGCAUAAAUUCAAGCUCUUAGCCUCCCAAUGUGCCGUCGCCGGUUGCCCUACUCAAAGCCCCACUGCUAGCCCCGUCUUUCACCUCCGCCGUCGCCGACGCAAAACCCUAAGAAUGCUCCUCAAUCGCACCGAUCGCCGCCGAUUUCCCUACCAAGAUAACUCCGCCGAUCCUCAAGAUGUCGACGACGACGAUGACGACGACGACAAUAUGAUUCCGGAGAAAAACGAUAAGGAGGUCCGAGCCAGGCGGAAACUCAAGGAUUUGUUCGUCUCGUCGCCGCCACUCGAGGAUAAGGUUUCCGACAGGAGAAUCGAAGAACAGGAAGCAUUGUUAACGACGGCCAACACCAGCGCCGCUGGAAUCGGUACGCCCUCCAUCACGCGCCGCUCUCUAAGGCCGAUAUCGGCGACAUUUCGUUACAGAUUUCUCCGACGAGCUUGGCGGCCGGUGCUCGUCACCAUUCCCGAAUAG